AUGGUCGGCGUUCCAGGUAGAUCAAAAGCAUGCAAUACAUGCCUUCAAAGAAAAAUAAAGUGCGACCAAGGCCCCGUGCCGUGUAAGCAAUGCCGCUCUUCCAACCGCCUAUGUACAGGCUAUCAACGAAGACGAGGCUAUGUGUUCUCGGACAAUGUUGUUCUGCCUAUUACAACAGCCCUCGAAGAAUCUUCUGUCACACAUCAAGGGAGGUGGCGUAGGGUCGAGCCCCGGCAGACUGGGAAGGCUGCCCCAGUGACUUGGGUUGUCAGCCUACCGCAGCACAUUCCAUCUCCUAGUCUGAGCUGCAUGCAAGUCCCUACCCACGUGGUGUUGCGAGAGCAGUUUCACUAUAUCUUCUUGAACAGACACAUGCCUGCAGAACUAUGGGAUUCGCGUCCCCAAUACUCGGUGAGCAAUUGGCUACUCCUGCUUCAGGGAAGAACAAUUCAGUCACCGGCUCUAGAAAAGUCUGCCACGGCGUUCUUCGCUGCUAGAGUGGGUCAUAUGCAUGGUGAUCGGGAAUUGGUUCAAAGGAGCCGCUCUAUAUACAUUGAUGGCCUUGCUCAGCUCCAGCAGGCAUUGAGAAAUCCCUUGAGCCGGUUAUCUGAUGAGACGUUGGCGGCUUGUAUGGCCUUAUCGUUUUAUGAGAUUAGUGAGGGGCCUCCGGGAUCGGGGAAUGCUUUUGGGACCCAUUACAAGGGUGCUGUGAAUCUUCUUAAAAUGCGAGGCCCCAAGGCGUGUGGUAAGUCGCCGCUGGGGCAUGCGUUAUUCUUGGCUUUGCGCAUACAGACGAUUCUCCGAAGCUUGGAUCAUCGUCGUCCUUCAUUCGUUUCAGAGCCUGAGUGGAUGGAUAAACCCUGGAGCACAACACCCAAGUCUCACGUCGAUCAACUGUGGGAUCUUCUUACUGACAUAGUGAGUGUGAAUGUUAAAUUCGACGAGGCACUCCAAGAUUCCCACCAGAACAGCACUAUUCUUCAAGCGGGUCUUGAAGCAGUUCAUCUUGAAUGCCUCAAGAUUCAUGCGGAUCUACAAGCUCUGUAUGAGGGAUUUGAACAAACCAUUUCCGGUCCCCUAUACUGGCCCGAACUCUCCGCACUGGAGUCCAAUGAUACUCCUAACAAUUAUGAACAACCGAUAUUAUUCCCCGUCUCAUUCCACUUCUCCGGGCUUCUCGUCGCUCAAUUCUUAGUGACUUACUGGUCAGGCAUGAUGCUGUUGCACCGCCAACUUGCAGCAACAUACAGCCAAAUGGCCGCAUUCGACGCGUUUAUCUUUUUACCCCGGUCGCAAGAAGCUGCAAGUACAAUAUACACUAUGGUAACGAACACAUGUCAGUCUGUCGAAUACCUCAGUCAGCCUCAAAUGGGCGGCGCAGGUCUAUUGGCUAUAAUAGCGCCAUUAUACGGGUGUAAGCCUGCACUGAAAAAUGUGGCUGUGUUACGGAACGAGAACUUUAGUCGGGAAAUUACUUGGGUCAGCGAGUCCAUCGCACGGACGCAGCGGAGGUUCAAAUUCGAUAUUACUUUGAGUAUGAAUUUUAGUACAUAA